GUCGAGGCGGAAAAGUGAACUUUGCGCUACCCACUCUUCGUUCGUGGUCCGAUUUAUAGUGCCAAAAAUCCUGCCUAUCAGAAAACGCUUAUAUGAUUAUACUUCUAAUUUUUCAUUGACCAAAUAAAAUUUCUAGUCAAUUGUCUCCAUGUUUUCUAGAAGUUUACGUUCUGAAACACGCAGCAGAGCCAAAGAAGACCUAAAAAGAGUUCACAAAUCACAUGAACAGGUUCGAAGCUGGGAAAAGAAAUGGGUCGCUGUCAAGGACACUUCAAUGCUUGUUUAUAAAUGGGUACCUUCUCUUAUAAUUGAUAUGGGUCACAGCAAAAAAGGAACAUUCAAUCGUCAGUCAAGUAUAAAUAAUACAUCACAUAUUUCUUCUGGUAUUCUUUCAUCGUAUUCAUGCCAGCAACCUGAACAAGAUAAUUCUAAAGGUUCAGUGGAUACAAAUUCAGAUAAACUUACGAAUCUGAAAAAUGAAGACCAAGGUCCAACCGAAACAUCACAAGAUACAAUUCUGUCGGUUACAGAUGACAUGUGCUCUCAAAAAACAUCUCAUGUGGAUACAGAAAACAAUAACAGUCAAGAAGCUUCACUUGAUGAAAGCAAUGACAUUAUCAUGUCAUCUGAACAAAAGUCCAAUUCAUUGGAUAAUACUAUUGACGACACUGUUAUUUCAGAACCGAUUUCUGUUAAACCUGAGAUUGAUGAAGAUUCAACCAUUGUUAUUGAAAAUGACAGUAUUGUUAAUAAUAACAGUAAUAAUAAUGAUGAUCGAAAUGGAGUUUGCUAAGUUAUAUACUUCGUAUUGAUUUUCUGUGUAUAUGUUUUAUUUACUAGUAACAUUUUAUAAUAUAUCUCAAACAAUCAAUGAUCUUUUGUAAAUCUCUUGAGGAAGAAAAAUAGAUGAUCAAUUUUUCGUUUAUUCAUUUUUCUUUUCUUAUCUAGUAUGUGUAACUUAAUCUGUAUAGAUUUAGAAAAUCGUUGAGUGAAAACGAGUUACAAACUUUUCCAUUCGUAAGAUAUACCUAAAU